AUGGCAACCAUUAAGGCCAUCGAGGCUCGCUCGGUUCACCAAAUCCAGUCUGGCCAGGUCAUCACGGACCUAUGCUCCGUCGCGAAAGAGCUAGUCGAGAACAGUCUCGAUGCAGGCGCAACAAGCAUCGAGGUUCGAUUCAAGAAUAAUGGGUUGGACCUGAUCGAGGUCCAAGACAACGGCAGUGGUAUCUCCCCGGAGAACCACGAAUCAAUUGCCUUAAAACACUAUACCUCUAAGCUAUCCUCAUACGAUGACCUCACAACUCUCCACACCUUCGGCUUCCGCGGCGAAGCCCUCUCCUCCCUCUGCGCCCUCGCCGAUUUCCACAUUAUAACCGCCCAAGCACAUCAAGCCCCGAAAGCGAAUCGGCUUGAUUUUGAGGUAUCGGGCAAACUAAAAAAGACCCAGAUCGUUGCAGGUCAGAAAGGCACCACAGCAUCUGUGGAAGGAAUCUUUAAACGCCUUCCCGUCCGCCGACGAGAACUGGAGAAGAAUAUCAAGCGGGAAUACGGCAAAGUAUUGAACCUCCUCCAUGCAUAUGCCUGUAUCAGCACAGCUGUUCGAUUCAGCGUCCGGAACACGGUCGGCAAGACGAAGAACGUGGUUGUCUUUUCUACAAACAAUAAUCGCACGACUAAAGAGAACAUUGCCAAUGUCUACGGUGCGAAGACGCUCUCUGCGCUCAUUCCGCUAGAUCUGGAAUUGGAAUUCGAGCCUUCGUAUGCGAUGAAACGCGCCGGAGACGAUGGACAGGUAAAUCGGAUUCAGGUUCGCGGACACAUCUCACGACCUGUUUUCGGGGAGGGUCGUCAGACGCCUGACCGGCAGAUGUUCUUUGUGAAUUCGCGGCCCUGUGGAUUGCCACAAAUUGGGAGGGCAUUUAAUGAAGUGUAUAAAUCGUUUAAUGUCUCGCAGUCGCCGUUUAUCUUUGCUGAUUUUCAGAUGGAUACCAAUGCUUAUGAUGUGAAUGUGUCGCCGGAUAAGCGGACUAUCCUGCUUCAUGAUGCUGCGGCACUGAUUGAGUCGCUGAAGAAUUCGCUGGCGCAGCUGUUUGAGGCGGCGGACCAGACAGUCCCUCAUACCCAGCUAAAGGCCACGGCAAGCAAGCAACAAGGGAUAGCGUCCUUGCCAGGUUUUGUGACUGCAAGACAGCUUGCUCAGAGUGCGUCGGCGUCUCCUAAAACUCCGCGUCAACACAAUGGAGAAGAGUCUGGAGUUAGUCAACCGGAAGCACAUAGUCAAACUGUACAGAGUACGAGUCGCUUUAUGAGCUCGCAGAAUGAAUCCAGUCAGCUGGAUCCUCUAUCGUCUCCUACAAAAGCUACAACGGUGCCACGGCGACCGAGACUGCCUUCGGUUGCCGCUUCGCCCGAGCCAAUCUUGGAUUUAAUACCUAGUCGAGCUUUGAGCGGCGAUGAAGCUCCAGCGUCGGCACCAGUUCAAGCUACUCCUGAAGAUGAGAGUUCAUCUCAGCCGUCUGAAGUAGGACAAGUCUCGGUGUCUAGAACUCAGGAAUCCGAAGAAACACCAAAUGUGGUUCAAAAUGCCUUCGAUCGCAUGCGCCCUCGUCGAAUGCCGGCCGAGAUGGCCACUAUCACAAUCGGUGGCCAUACUGUGACAUCAAUGGUAGGAAGUGGUCGACCGAGGAAGCGCACCUCUGACUAUGGCUCUUCCACUAGUGGUGAUCCCCCAAAACGCAAGCGACUAAUUCAUACGCCUUCAAGGCCCAACAUAUUUGGAAAACAUAUGAAAGCCUUUGCGGCACCGGGGACGCAGGCGGAAGAUGAGGACGAGGAUGAAGACGAGGAUGAAGAACUCGGGGAUGAUGGGCAAUAUGAAGAUGGUGAAGCAGAGGAGGCGGAGGCAGAGGAUGAAGAAUGUGAGGAAGAAACUGAGUAUCCAGAAGCCCCUUCCCCGGAGCCUCAAGAUCAAGACGAUGUUCAGGAUGAACCCCAUGAUCGCGCUCCUCAACCAGAUAUCGAUGAAGAAGAUACUGGCAAAGAGACAACCGCUGGUGGUAUUCAAAAUGAUCUUGGCGAAGCCGAGAAGAAAGCCCAAGAAGAAGCAAAAGUUCAACAUCUGAUCCAAGAGGCCGAGAAAACAGCCGUUCUUCCGGGUGAACACAACGCCCGUCGGGCCAACAAAAUGAACAAGGGUGCGGUGCACCGUGACGCUACCGUCAACCUCAUCAGCACGAUCGACGCCUCUGUCUCCCGACUUCGGUCUCAAAUGAACAAGCUACGGGGUUGGAGACAACCCCGAAGAGCACCAUCCCAAGCCGAUAAUGCUGAUACCGAUGAAAAGACAGCCGAAGACAAACUCUCUCUCACCGUCAGCAAAACGGACUUCAACCAGAUGCGUAUCAUCGGUCAAUUUAACCUAGGAUUUAUCAUUGCCGUCCGACCCAGCGAUGACCAUGACGAACUCUUCAUCAUCGACCAACAUGCUUCGGACGAGAAGUUCAAUUUCGAACGACUCCAAGCCGAAACCGUUGUUCAAAACCAGCGGCUUGUCCGUCCGCAACGACUAGACUUGACAGCCGUCGAAGAAGAAAUCGUGCUCGAGAAUCGAUCCGCUCUCGAGAAGAACGGGUUCAUCGUCACGGUCGAUGAAAGUGGCGACGAGCCCAUCGGUCGUCGAUGCCAGCUUAUCUCAUUGCCUCUCAGCAAGGAGGUAGUAUUUGGAUCUCGUGAUCUUGAGGAGUUGAUCGCUCUCUUAUCCGAGUCUCCUGCCAACCACGCAAUCUCCGUUCCCCGACCUAGCAAAGUUCGGAAGAUGUUUGCGAUGCGCGCAUGUCGCUCCAGUAUCAUGAUCGGAAAGAACUUAACGAUGCGUCAGAUGCAGCGCGUUGUUCACAACAUGGGUACCAUUGAUAAGCCGUGGAACUGUCCUCAUGGUCGACCUACGAUGAGGCAUUUAGUGCGUCUAGGGCAGUUGGAGGAAUGGAGUGAGUAUGAUGAAGAUCAUGAUGAUCACGAAGAUCCAGACUCGCAACGUGAUUCACAUGAAAAUAUGGGACUGGAUCUAUGGCGACGAUACGUGGAUGAGGAGAAAGAGGAAGAGGAGGAAUAG